UAGAACAUCGCAAUAUGGGUGUUCACGCGCUUCUUCAUCGCAUAGCUGUGAACAUCGCACUUGCAACUUUGCUUGUGAUUUCUCUACUCUUUUCCUUACCGCUGUGGCUCAGCGUUCGCCUGCGCCAGUGGGUGUUCGCACGCAUACUAGAAUUUACGAUCGCGGUUCGUCAAGCAGCUUUCGCAGACACACGGCGCGAUGUGCUGACAGCGCUCAACGGCAUCGAGUCGCAUGACCCCGAACUGCGAAGCGAAGGAGCUAUUAGAGUUUUGGAGAUUGGUGCGGGCAUUGGAGCGAAUUUCAACUUCAUUCGACGCAAGAUGAAGUAUUGGAACAUCGACCCUAACGAAGAUUUACAGAGUGGCUUCUUGGAGGCGCUCAGGAAAAACCCGCAGGUUGAGAUGGAGCGAUGCGUAGUUGGCUACGGUGAAAACAUGAAAGAGGUUCCCGACAAUCACUUCGACGUAGUGCUCACUACGCACGUGUUCUGCUCUGUCCAGUGCUCUGAGAAGGUCCUGCAGGAGUGCCGGCGGGUCUUGGUCAAGGGAGGCCGGCUACUCUUCAUGGAGCAUGUGGCGUUGCCGAAGGGGACCAUAGGCCGCUUCCUGCAGAAUCUUGUAGCUCCACUUUGGCGGCUCAUUUUCUGUGGUUGCAAUCCCAACCGAGACUCCGCCGAAGUCAUCAAGAACGCGGGAUUUUCCCGUGUGCACCUAAAGGAGGUUUACCUGGAUUUGCCUAUCUUCAUCACCCGGCAGCUGUACGGCUACGCCAUUGCUUGAAUAAAGUGCCCACUGAAACACACGAGAGAUGGUUAAAAACGCCACCACGGAGGAAUCAAAAACAUCUUAAUCCAAGGCUCUCUAGCAUGAGCGCGUGCUUAAGUCACAGAAUAUCUCCAGUCAAAACACUGCGUUACGCUAAUCAGAGCUGGGCUUUAUCGAACAUAUAUGCAUUUUAGAUACUAUUGUCACGUUGUAGUUACGUUGUAGAAUAAAACGGUGGCACCACUGUGAGUUACGAAACUAACGCUUUAUAUGGCGAACAUGUGCGCGCAUAACAACUAACCCUAAAGCACUAUAGCGGCGAGUACAGUCGGCGAUCGUCGAAAUCUGAUCUGUGGAUUAGAGGCGUCGGCGAUUCAUGCACGGCUCAGUAAACCUGCAAGCGUAAUCACUGCUGCUCGCAUAAGUCCUAGAAUGAACACGACGAUUUGCGACACGCACAUAAUCUCAUUACACAAGGUUCGGUGACAACAAAGGCAGCAGAUAGAACCAGCGAUAACAUUAAAUAUUAAACUUCAGCUACAGAAAGGUGUGUCUUCGUUCUCGAGCGGAAA